AUGCCUGAUCCGGACUCCAAGCGGAGAGGCGGCUACUACGGAGACUGGCUCCAUCAAGUCCAGACGACGCGAGCAGCGGCGCGCUCGGAUCCGACCACGCGGGUCUGCGACCCGGCGCGCUCGGAUGCGGCCACGCGGGUAUGCGACCAGGCGUGCUCGGAUCCGACCACGCGGCUGUCCUACCCGGCGUGCUCGGAUGCGGCCACGCGGGUAUGCGACCAGGCGCGCUCGGAUGCGGCCACGCGGGUAUGCGACCAGGCGCGCUCGGAUCCGACCACGCGGUUGUCCUACCCGGCGUGCUCGGAUGCGGCCACGCGGGUAUGCGACCCGGCGCCCUCGGAUCCGACCACGCGGGUAGGAGACCCGGUGCGUUCGGAUGCGGCCACGCGGGUGUCCUACCCGGCGUGCUCGGAUCCGGCCACGCGGGUAUGCGACCAGGCGCGCUCGGAUGCGGCCACGCGGGUGUCCUACCCGGCGUGCUCGGAUGCGGCCACGCGGGUAUGCGACCAGGCGCGCUCGAAUCCGACCACGCAGGUAUCCUACCCGGCGUGCUCGGAUCCGGCCACGCGGGUAUGCGACCAGGCACGCUCGGAUCCUACCACGCGGGUAUGCGACCAGGCGCGCUCGGAUGCGGCCACGCCGGUAUGCGACCAGGCGCGCUCGGAUCCGACCACGCUGGUAUGCGACCAGGCGCGCUCGGAUCCGACCACGCGGGUAUGCGACCAGGCGCGCUCGGAUCGGAUCACGCGGGUAUGCCGCCAGGCGGGCUCAGAUCCGACCACUCGGGUAUGCGACCAGGCGCGCUCGGAUGCGGCCACGCGGGUGCGCGGUCCGGUGCGCUGUCCUCGCCAGUGA